ACAUAUGAGCACAGAAAGAUUGUUGAGUUCACCUACCACACAGCGUUCUUCGUCAUUAUCGUGAUUGUACAGUGGGUCGAUCUGAUCAUCUGUAAGACCAGGAAGAACUCCAUUGUUCAGCAGGGACUAUUGAAGUGAGUACACACAUCAAUCUUUGUUGUCUUGGUCAAGGUCUGGGUCCUAAGAGUUAUUUUCUUAGACUUGAUCUUCACUGCUCUAGUCUUGACUUCACCUCUGGUACACAUCACCAUGUUCAUACAGUCUUGCAACUCACUUUGAAAUCAAUAUCCACCCUGUUAGUUUUAAAUCCAUGAAAAUGAUUUUGUUUCUCCUACCACAUCAGGAUCCAUGUUUUCGUCUUCGGAUUGUUUGCGGAAACCACCCUGGCUCUCUUCCUGUCCUACUGCCCUGGAAUGGAUGUCGUCCUCAGAAUGUACCCACUCAAGUGAGUAGACACUACAGAUUAAAUAUAUCAGCUUGGAACAAAGGUCACCCCUGUUUUAAAAGAUGAGUGGUAAAAUUGAUGGAUAUUACAAAGGGCAGAGUCUACUGUGGUCUCACAGGAUCAGUUGGAGUUCACUAGCUAGAUGAAGUGUAAUGGGGUUUACUGCCCAACCAACGCCAAAUGACAUUUGGGGCCCUGUAAGCAUAUUGGCUCGCUGUUUUACGCUCAAUUUAAUCACUUUUUUCUUUCCAUUCUCUCUUUCCAUUUGUCUUUCCUUCUCUUAUUCAUAAGGCCUUGCUGGUGGUUCUGUGCCUUACCCUAUCUCUGCUCAGCUUCCUCUAUGAUGAAAUACAUCCUGCGACAAAACUCAGGACGUAAAUGCUCAGGGAUUAUGGACGAAAACAAGCUGUUAAGUUAACGCUGACAAUUUUACAUCAAAGUUAAUUAUUGUGUAAUAACAUGACAAUGACAUGUAGGAUUGGGAGUGCAGAAUUAUAUAAUUUGGAGGUUUGCAGUGUGGCAAGAUUAAAUCGAACUAACAUUUUUCUUCUCUAUGAAUUGUCUCUUCUUUAAGGUUGGGUGGACAAGGAGUAUGAAGGUAAAUUAAUGUCAUAAGUGUACAAGCAUGUAAAGUAUGAUUUGCACAUGUAAAGUAUGAUUUGCACAUGUAAAAUAUGAGUUGAGACUGUAUAAUCAGUUUUGUAGUUGCAAAAAAUAUUUGCAAACAUGUAACUUCUUUUGAGAAUAAAAGCAACAACACUAGCAAGCAGGUAAUGUGAUGUGUGAACAAAUACAAUAAGAUUUUGAGACUGGUGAAUCUUCUUCUGUGAAUCAAAACAACAUUUGCCUAUGUUGAAUCUGUUUUGGCAAUUAAUUUAGCGACUAACCUGUGCCAAAAGUUUUGUAGUUGUAAAAAAAAAAAAUCUGUGCUUGUAAGAGCUGCUCUGCAAGCAACCAGCAGAGAAAAACACGAGAGCUCUGCUGGGCGGGCUUUUUCUUCUGACCAAUCAGGUGAGGUGUUAUCAUUCUGGAACAUACUUUCAAACAGGGGGCCAUCUGUAUCUGUGUUCCAUUCCAUAUGAUGUUUUAAUAUAUUUGUACUGUGUUGCUAUCUGUCUCAAGUUGUACAAAUCAUCAGCAUGAAGAAUACUGAAUUCUGUUGAAUUUUCAUGUGGACUGAAUUUUCAUUCAAGUAAUGUUGUGCCUGUCUUUUAGAUCUGCCAAACACAACUGUGCCUCUGCUAGCCACACAACCACUGCCUCAGAGUGGUUGGGUAAGCUCCUUCCUAGAUGGCCCUGUCCAGGGGUGACAUUGAACAGGGCCACAAUGUCUCCCAACCCCCCAGUCUCAGUCCCCAGUAAUUAUUCUGCAAUAGCUUAUGUGUCAGGGGGGCUAGGAUCAGCUUAUCUGAUCUGGACCCAGUGCAGAUCUAGGAUCAGAUUGGCCUUUUAGAUCAUAAUGAAUCAAAUUAUAUGGACUGGUGGGACCUGACCAUAGAUCAGCACUCCUACUCUUGUAUGGUUUCUGAAUAUGGGCCCUUGUGUAAUGUGUGAUAUUAGGCAUGCCCCCACUAAUCCCCCCCCCCCCCCCCCCCCCCCCCCCCCCCCCCCCCCCCUCUUUCUCUCUGUGUAUUCCCUCCUGGAGGACCUGAGCCCCUGGUCAUGCUGCCGUUUCGACUGCAGCUGUGGACCCUUGGCCAGAUUUCACCGUGCAUGCUACCUUGUCCUGGACCCCUGCUAAUCAAGCUCAGCCAGGUGGUCACUGUGCUUCUGCCUCUGCAUUGCUUUCUCUUUGGGGUUUUAGGCUGAGUAUCUGUAAAGUACUUUGUGACUGUUGAUCAGGGCUGUCCUGGUUAAUGUGAGACAAUAGUCUCGCAUUUGUAAAAAACAAACAUAAAGAAAAAAAACUAUUUGCAAUUUCAUUCAAUGAACACUGUGAUGAUGCACUGAGCUGCAUUGAGGUCUUGAUUGCGAUCAUGUAAUUUGGAAUAAAGAUCACUUCAACACUAAGGCAAAAAUUGUAUUUCCGCCUAAAUAGACUUACCCAAAUGUAAUUAUUUUUCAUUAGACGUAAACAAUAACUGGUACUGUUGCAUAGUUUUAGUAAGGUCUGGAACUCACUUUCUGGAUUUUUUAAAAAUAAAUUGCUGAGGUGUACUCGUGAGGACACAAGCUCAAGUACUUUACAUAGUACAAAUAUUGUGAAAAUAUGAAAAAUAAUGUAUGGUUUAUUUUCUUAUUCAAAGAAAAGUGGGGCAAUAGGGCUUGAAAUGACUGAAAUGCUUUCUAAAUAUAGUAACAAUCAAAUUAUAAAUGACUUACUAUAAGAUUUAAGAUCUCUUAUAACUGCAAAAUAAAUAUGAUCAUACUUAGUGACAGUGCGAUAUUGGCACUAUUUUAUAUAACUGCCGACAGAGACUGUUCUCCUAAACGUCCACUGAGUGCCGCAGAGACACCAUUCAAAUAUGCACAGACUUCUUACAACUUCGUCCACCUGUGACCAAGAGAAAGUGGUCUUAGUUCAGUUUAUGAAAUUAUUUAGUGUUAUUUCAUGUUGAGAGCUCUAAAUCUGGCUGAGAAUAUCACAGUGAGAUGAAACUACCAUUGUUGCAUCCGCUAGACUUUGUGUACACAACUAGCACUUAAAUGUCAGUCGGCACUUAAAAUGUCAGUCGGCACCAGCCUAAAUAGGGGAUUUAUUUUAUUUUAUUUUUGCAGAUAGAUUGUAGUUUCCAUCAAUGUAAUUGUAUGGAUCAUUUCCAAUCCCCCAUAUACAUUUGUUGUAUAUAUAUAUUUUUUAUAUAUUUUCCUUUAUUAUUUUCCCCUAACCCUACCACCCCUCCCCUAAUUGGAGUAAACUAAUGGACAACAACACUUAGGCUUCUACUUCCAUCUUAUACGGACACAGUGUAUUUUACAUUAGUUAUCUUGUUGAUUUUAGUCCCACCCUUCAGUUCCACUCAACCCCUCCCAUCUACCUCUGAGCACCAUCCUUUUUAUUUCUAUGAGUUAUGCAUUUUGCUAGAAUUUUUCCAUCACAACACUGAACUGUAAGGGGCCUCCAAUUUUUUAGAUGUACCACUUGGGUCCUGUUUCAGUAAUAAUAAAAUCAGACCUUCUUGUUGAGUAUCUGAUAAUCUACAAUUUUUAUAGGAGUGUUAACACAUGAUAAUAACAGUCCUCUGAGUACAUAAAGAAAGUUUUGGUAUACCUCAACUGGUAUGCCAUCCAGCCCUGGAGUUUUCCUGGGCUUUAAUUGCAUCAAGAAGUUCCUCCUCUGUAAUUUGGCCUUCACAUGACUCUUUCUGUACAGCUCUUAAUUUUACAUUAUUAAUAGAAAAUAAAUCCAUACAAUUAACUUCAGUUAGUGGAUAUGGAGGAGACUGAAAUGAAAACAUGUGCUUAAAGUACUUUGCUUCCUCUUUCAAAAUAUUGUUUGGUGAAUCAUAGGUGACUCCAUCAUCUGUAACAAGUUUCAGUCAAUUCUUUUUGGUAGCAUUUAUAUGUUGAAGAUUAAACAAGAAUUUGGUUCAUUUUUCCACAUAUUUCAUCCAGUUCGCUUCUUAAUAAUAUAUUACACUUGAUCUUUCUUGAAUAAGUUCCUCCAUCUCGUUUUGUUUUUCAUCUAACUUAUUAUGUGCCUCUAUGGUACAGUUUUUAUUGCUAUCUUUCUCUACUGUUAGUCCUUCUAUUUCCUUUCUUAAUAUGAACUAUUUUGACCUAAAUUGAUUUUGUUUUAAAGAUGACUAUUGAAUUGCAUGGCCUCUAAAGGCACAUUUAAAAGUGUAUCGUACAAUAAGGGGAUCUCCUGUACCUAUGUUAUGUCGGAAAAUGUCUGUUAUAAAUGAUUCUGUCCUAGUUAAAAACAAGUUAUCAUCCAAUAGGCUUUGAUUACAUCUCCAAUAUCCUUGCCCAUAUGGAAACUGCUUAAGAGUAAUGUCUAUGUCAAUUAUUUGAUGGUCUGUCCCAUAUCAACACAUAUUAAAAAUUUUGUGCCAGCGAGAAUGACAUAAGAAAUUAUUCAAGAAGACUAGCUUGAUUGAGCCUCCACUAUGUAAAUCUCACAAGGUCAGGAUAUUUGUCACGCCCUGGCUCUGGGGACUCUUAUAUGUUGAGCCAGGGUGUGGAUUUUCUAUGUUUUGUUUUCUAUGUUUUUGUUUCUAGAUCGUGUUGAUCUAUGUUGGCCAGGGUGGUUCCCAAUCAGAGACAGCUGUAGCUCGUUGUCUCUGAUUGGGAACCAUACUUAGGCAGCCUGUUUUGCACUAGUCUUUGUGGGAUCUUGUUCCGUAAGGUUUGUUUUGGUGUUAACCUAGGACUUCACAUAUCGUUUGGUUUGUUGUUUUGAUCGUGUGUUGAGUACGUUAAAUAAAGUAUGUACGCUUAUCACGCUGCGCCUUGGUCCGUGUCUUCAGUCGACGAUCGUGACAGAAGAUCCCACCAUAAGAGGACCAAGCAGCAUGCCCAGGAGGAGAAGAUGGCGAUGUCGCAGGUGGGCAAAUGGUGGUCUUGGGAGGAGAACUUCGCGGGCAGAGGGCCAUGGGCAAAGGUAGAUGCCCAGGCAGGAGAGGAGAAACGGCGCCAACCGCGCCGACGACGGACACGCGAGAGGCAACCCCAAGAACAUUUUUUGGGGAGCACACGGCGUGGAUGACGGGGCAGCAGGAGGCAGCUACAGGGCGAAUCUGCGGACUAGGAGAGGAGGCCACCAGGUUACGGAGGCUAUUGGUCAUGAGGGAGAGGGAGAGUGUAGAGGGACGGCGAGAGGAACUGGUUAGGCAGCAGAGGGAGCGGAGGUUUAGAAGGAAACCCAGUCCCGCUCCUCGCACCAAGCAAGUGGUGUGUGUCACCAGUCCGGUCCGGCCCGUUCCUGAUUCCCGCACAAGGCCAGUGGUGUGUGUUCCCAGUACGGUCCGGCCCGUUCCUGCUCCCCGCACUAAGCCUGUGGUGCGCGUCCCCAGCCCGGUCCGGCCUGUUCCUGCCCCUCGCACCAAGCCUGUGGUGCGCGUCGCCAGCCCGGUCCGGCCCGUUCCUGCUCCCCGCACCAAGCCAGUGGUGCGCGUCGCCAGCCCGGUCCGGCCUGUUCCUGCCCCUCGCACCAAACCAGUGGUGCACGUCGCCAGCCUGGUCCGACCUGUUCCUGUCCCUCGCACCAAGCCUGUGGUGCGCGUCGCCAGCCCGGUCCAGCCUGUUCCUGUCCCUCGCACCAAGCCUGUGGUGCGCGCGGCCAGCCUGGUCCGGCCUGUUCCUUGUCCCUCGCACCAAGCCUGUGGUGCGCGUUGCCAGCCCGGUCCGGCCCGUUCCUGCUCCCCGCACCAAGCCUGUGGUGCGCGUCGCCAGCCCGGUCCGGCCUGUUCCUGCUCCCCGCACCAAGCCAGUGGUGCGCGUCGUCAGCCCGGUCCGGCCCAUUCCUGCUCCCCGCACCAAGCCAGUGGUGCGCGUCGUCAGCCCUGUCCGGCCCGUCCCUGCUCCCCGCACCAAGCCAGUGGUGCGCGUCGUCAGCCCGGUCCGGCCCGUUCCUGCUCCCCGCACCAAGCCAGUGGUGCGCGUCGUCAGCCCGUACCGGCCCGUUCCUUCUCCCCGCACCAAGCCAGUGGUGCGCGUCGUCAGCCCGGUCCGGCCCGUUCCUGCUCCCCGCACCAAGCCAGUGGUGUGUGUGUCCAGUCCGGCACGGCCCGUGCCUGUUCCACCGGUGCCUGGUCCAGCACCGGUCAGCUGCUCCACUCCGGAGCCAGAGCAAUCCGCUCCACCGGUGUCCAGUCCAGCUCCGGCCAGCGGGGCCAGACCAGAUCAGGGGCGCAACGGGGGGGUGGAGAGAGAGUGGUGGUCACGCCCGGAGCCGGAUCCGCCUCCGAGGCGGAAUGCCCACCCGGCCCCUACCCUCUUGUGUUUGUGUGGCGCAGUCGCAGUCCGCGCCUUUGGGGGUGGGGGGGGGGGGGGGGGUACUGUCACGCCCUGGCUCUGGGGACUCUGAUAUGUUGAGCCAGGGUGUGGAUUUUCUAUGUUUUGUUUUCUAUGUUUUUGUUUCUAGAUCGUGUUGAUCUAUGUUGGCCAGGGUGGUUCCCAAUCAGAGACAGCUGUAGCUCGUUGUCUCUGAUUGGGGACCAUACUUAGGCAGCCUGUUUUGCACUAGUCUUUGUGGGAUCUUGUUCCGUAAGGUUUGUUUUGGUGUUAACCUAGGACUUGACGUAUCGUUUGGUUUGUUGUUUUGAUCGUGUGUUGAGUAUGUUAAAUAAAGUAUGUACGCUUAUCACGCUGCGCCUUGGUCCGUGUCUUCAGUCGACGAUCGUGACAAUAUUUAAGCCUCCAUAGAUCCACUAGUCCCAAUAUAUCCAUGAUAUUCAUGAUUUCCUUAAGUGCAUGAGGGUGAUAGUUUGUAGUGUGAUUUCUUUUACAGUCCAUUGAGGUAUUCAAAACCUUAUUAUAAUCUCCCACCAUAAUAAUAGAGUAUUGUGUUGCUUGUAGGCUUGAUCAAUUAUUACAGUAUAUAUUUUUUCAAAUAUGCAUGGAUAAUCAUUAUUUGGACCAUAUAGAUUAAUGAGACAAAUCUAUUUAUGGUCCAAUAACAAAUUUAAAAUAAGCCGUCUACCUUCCGGAUCUGUUUGAACAAUUUGCACAUUGGGAUCAAAAUUAUUGUUAGUUAAUAUCAUCACCCCUUUUGAGUUUCUUUGCCCAUGGGAUAAGUGUAUCCCCCCCCCCCCCCCCCCCCCUUGGUGACUCGGAGCAGUUGGUUAUCAAUAUACAGUUUAUAGACUGCGAGAGCUACACGUUUCCUUUUUAAUCUAUUCACCUUGAAGAGUGGGUACAGAACUUUGCGCCAUUCUGCAAUUUCCUUCGGGAACUGAUCAUUCAUGCCCAUUUUCAUGCCAGCGAGUCUUUUGCCCAGGCUUUUAGCCAUUAUUUUAUCUUUAAAGAAUGCAUAUUUGGCAACGAUUGGGUGCUCAUAUCUCUGUCCUCUGCCCGAAAUGGUGUACAUGUUCGAGUUUUAUUUUGUUGACAGUAUCGCCUAGGAUCUCUAGCUCUUUAAGAAAUAAUUAUUUCACAACACUUUCAAGAUCUUCACCCUCAUUAUCUUUGAUACCAGUAAGUACCAUAGAUUUAGUCUGUAUUUCAAGUAAGGCUUCUCUCAGAAAUAUGUUCUCUUUUAAAUGUUUUUUAACGUCCAUUUCAAUUGUAUUGACUGAACCUUUUAGCUUGUUUGUUUCUUUCUCCAUUGUAGCAGCUUUUUCGUCACUCAUCUCGAGGCUUGCCUUCAACCCCUUUAUAUCUUUACUGACUAUUUCAAGUAUGCCCAGUUUAUCAUUUAUCGACUUUAGCAAGUCAGUUUCUACACUUACCAUUCCCGGUGGUGAAAAGCAUAAAUUGUAUGUGUCCGUUGAGGAGUCUCGUUUUCUUUUGGGAAUUGGUUCUCCAUGCUUACUCUCCGAAAUGUUUGGGUGUUGAUUGUAUUGAUGAUAUUGGUCGAUACAUUUCUCUAGCCUUAUAAUGUGUUUUGUGUUGUUAUCCAGAUGGAAAGUUAUUGCCCAUGAGUAUUUGGAGUGAAGUACUAAUAUUUCAUAAAACGUACAGAUAUUUAAUAUUAUGUUUUUAUCUUGAGGCAUUCUGCACCACUAUCUUCAGUCCGCCAUUUCCUGUUUGCGUGCAUGCGCGAGUGUGAAAGCCUGUGAAAGCUGUUGCACAGCGCAAAGAGGGAUCAUAACAUCUAAGAGGUUUGAACCCCUUGAGUUUUUUGGAUUGCACAUGCUGUUAUUUUGAACACUGUUAUCCUUAUUGAACAUCUAAAAUAACAUUCUAAAACUCUAAAACUCCAUAUGGUUUAAGUUGUUUUCCCAUAUGGUUUUAGAAAACACAACGCCUGUGUGAAAUAGAGACUCUCCAUUUGGGUUGAUCUGUGACCCACUAGCACCUCCCCCUGUAAGAGGGGAACAAGGCAACCUCAGAGUUACACACAAGGAUACUGUCACGACUUCCUCCGAGGCUGCCUCCUCUCCUUGUUCGGGCAGGCUUCAGCGUUCGUCGUCACCGGCCUUCUAGCCACUGCCGCUCCUCAUCUCAUCAUUCCAUUUGUUUUGUCUUGAUUAUUACACACACCUGGUUCAUAUCCCCUCAUCAGUACCUGUAUAAGUGUUCCCUCUGCCCCCUUGUCUUUGUGUGUGAUUGUUUAUUGUGGAGGAGAGAGAAGCUCGGUGGAGCUCAGUGUAUUUUCUAUCGCCGGGAAUAUUCCCUGUGUGCCUUGUAUUUUUCCAGUGCGCCUGUUUUGCGCACUGUAGUGUUUUCACACGUUACUGCAUAACUCUGUGGUUCAGAAUAAGUCCUGUUAUGCUGUGAUUUACCCUGCUCCUGACUCCUUCAGAAUCACCUCAUGACAGAUACUUUAUUGACACACACAAGAAUGGAAUAGACAUGGAAAGGUAGUGGAAGGCAGUGGUUCUGUAAAUGACUGAAAACAGGGGUAAUUGAUAUGUACAGUACAUACAAUAGGACCAAAGCAAUAAUAACUUACUACCUGCACAUACAGUAUUACAACACACUGUAAAAAAUUACUCUUUGGAUCAACCUAAAAUUGCGUCAACUGGUUACAAGUAAAUUAGUUAGGUUUUCUCAAUAGAAAAAAACUACAUUUGUUGAAACCAAGUAUAUGAUUCAAUGUCAACUGUUAUAUUUUAUUAUUAACAAACCUAUAUUUCAAGUUGCAACCUAUUUCUUUCAACACUCAACUUACUUUUCCCCUUUGGUUAAACCUAAUAAAUAAUAUAAACAAACUAAUAUACAUGUAACUGCCAAAAUAAAGGAAACACCACCAUAAAGUGUCUUAAUAGGGCGUUGGGCCACCACGAGCUACCAGAACAGCUUCAAUGCUUCUUGGCAUAGAUUCUACAAGUGUCUGGAACUCUAUUGGAGGGAUGCGACACCAGUUUUGUUGAUGGUGGUGGAAAAUGCUGUCUCAGGCGCCGUUCCAGAAUCUCCCGUAAGUGUUCAAUUGGGUUGAGAUCUGGUGACUGACACACACACACACCCUUUAAACCCCCUAUGCUCCUUUGAGACCCCUCUUUCCAAAAUAAUGGGCAACUGGGCAUUUUUACACAUAACGCUAAGCAUGAUGGGAUGUCAUUACAUUGCAUUCAAGGCCAAACAUUUGAUGAUAAAGCUGCAAUGGGUAAAUUGGUGAAAGACUCAGACAGGCAGGCUGGCAGGCAGGCAGGCAGGCUGGCAGGCAGGCAGACAUAUAAACUCACACAGACAGACAUCUCCCUCCCUCCCUCCCACUACCUGAUCGGUCGGCCGGUCGGUCGGUCGGUCGGCUGGUUGAGAGAAUGCCAAGAGUGUGCAAAGCUGUCAUCAAGGCAAAGGGUGGCUAUUUGAAGAAUCUAAAAUAUAUUUUGAUUUGUUUAACACGUUUUUGGUUACUACAUGAUUUCAUAUGAGUUAUUUCAUAGUUUUGAUGUCUUCACUAUUAUUCUACAAUGUAGAAAAUAGUAAAAAUUAAGAAAAACCCUGGAAUGAGUAGGUGUGUCCAAACUUUUGACUGGUACUGUAUAUAUCAAAUACAUUUCCAUCCCUCCCCUAAUUGGAGUAACUAAUGGACAACAACUCUUAGGCUUCUACUUCCAGCUUAUACAUACUUUAUACAUUUUACGGACACUGUCUAGUUUACAAUAGCUAAUGGUGAGACUUUCACUAAAUGCAAACAUCAUUCAUGUAGAUCUAAAAUUAAUGUGAUCUAAAAUGUAUGUGAAUAACUCUCAGACAAAGGAAAUUGAGUGCAUGAGGAAUAAUGGAGAAGAGUACUAGACAACCUCACAUCCAUCUCCUCAAUGAAGUGAUGUAGUAGAUACACAUUCAUGUUGUUUGAGCAUAGAUGUAUGACUAAAUGUAUUGUGAGCAGAGACCAGAGGACAUUAUUGCACUGUAUUGAGAGUUGCAUUGCAGCUUCGCUUGCUUGUUUGCUUGCUGAGAACUAAUCUAAGUACUCACAAUGAAUAGGCAAUUGGAAUGCCCAGAGCUGAAUGCAACAAUAUAGGCAUCCAAUUCUAAAGUUGUUCAAAUUCUCUUUCUCGCUCGCUCUCUCAAGGCUGUGUUUCAGAGUACUGUGGUGCCCUUGAGGUAGAGUAAACACCGAUCGACUUCACCCUCCUGUCCAGAGCCCAGACAUGAAAGGCUUAGUUCUCCUGCAAGCCUGAAAAUACAGAGAGCUCAGGCUUUGAUCCUCCAUGGGGUUGACCCCAGAGCGACCCCCUGUUUUCCCACUGCCAGCCCAAUCAAAGCCCUCUGUUCUCCACCAGACCUUAGGAUGGAGCAAAACGAGGGUGGAUUCAAAGUUGGAGACAAAAGAAUCAAAGAGAAAUCAAUGACUGUACCUGGAGAGUGUAAAUAAGACAUCAGACCAGGUGUCAGGUGUACACAGAAAGACUAACUCUACACUCAAUAGACACGGAAGCAAUCAUUUUCACAAAAAUUGAUUUCAUUUGAAAUUUGGACAGAUGAUUUUGCUACUUACAUUUUUCUUUAUCUCUCUAACCUCUUAAAUGUCAGCCAAUUUAAAAAUCACUCUCAUACUUCUGUUCUGAUAUAUGAAAUUAACAUUAAUAGACUUAAAUUUACUAAAUUCACUCUUAGACUGUGUUACUAACGACAACAGCGCUCUGUGAUGACAUCAGCUCCAGGCUCUUGACAGGCAAUGAUGACGUCAGCUCCAGGCUCUUGACGCAGGGUGAUGACGUCAGCUCCAGGCUCUUGACGCAGGGUGAUGGCGUCAGCUCCAGGCUCUUGACACAGGGUGAUGGCGUCAGCUGCAGGCUCUUGACUCAGGGUGAUGGCGUCAGCUCCAGGCUCUUGAUGUGGGAUGAUAAUGUCAGCUCCAGGCUCUUGACGCAGGAUGUGAGAUUUAGGCAUUUGGCCAGGAGUGUCUCCAACCAGCAUUUCAACUUGUGGGACAGAUCAGUCUUUAUCUAGAGUACAAUUAUGAGACAAAUUUGACCUUUUAUUCAUUAUAUUAUCAUACUUAAGACAACAGGGAAGUUUGGAAAUGAAAGCUAUUGCAAUAAUUUAAUUCAGUUUUAAUCAAGAAAUGGAGUUCAGUUCAUACACAUCCAUGUCCUAACCCUGUGUAGGAGAUUCUGUAGUUUGCGGUUCACGGAGUGAUGCCAAGGCUCAGAGCACCCAUCUGAUAGUAAUACAACACAAUAAUACUGUCAUUUAGCUGAAACCUUCUCCAAAGGCACAUUACAUUAAAACACAUAUUCAGCAGGUUUGGGGUUAUUUCCACAAAUGUAGUUCUAAAUAAAUUCCCUCUCCCUGUAAAUUCAAUUGUAUUCAAUUGAAAUGCCAGGUCAGUCUUUAAAUGCAGAGAUAACUAAAUUCCUCUCAAUUCCAAUGUUAGGAAAAUUCCAAGAAUUCAAUUCCCAAUUCAAUAUUAUCCCCAAUAAUUCCACAAAUUAAAUUCCCUCAGGCUUUCAGGCUGUUCAUGUCACUGUUCAGACAGCCUAGCUAUAUUGGAAACAUAACAUAGAAAUACAAGUUGAAAUGUUUUAAAACAAAACCUGCACUCAACUUUUGAUACUAAGUGCUUUCAUUCCAUUAACUGGGAACAGUCCAAAAAGUAUAAUUCCAAUUCAAUUCCAAUUCCAUAACUUCAAGAUUGUUUAAAUUUGAAUUGAAUUCAACCUAUUCAGCCCAGCAUCAUGCUCAAAACCUAUUGAGCCAUGGGACCCCUAGCUCACCCAGCAUCUCUCCCACUGCAGUCUCCUGUGCAGCAGGUAAGCCAGCCUAGUCCUCCAGAAGUGGUCCUGGUCGGUCAGGUAGGGGUGGCAGAGGGUUCUGGUCAGGGAGAGGUAGGGGUGACCCAGGGGGCCGGUCAGGGUAAGGCUGAGGACAGGGACCCCUCACUGGGCUCUGUCCCCUGGUCUGUGGAGGACACGGUACGCCUGCCCCCACGCCAUCAAAACACACACCUGUCCCAGAGUGCAGUGCAGCAGGAAGCAGGAAGUGUGUGGGGGGGGGGGGGGGGGGGGGGGUAAAGCAUUGGGGAAGCAGAGCAAGAGAGAGGCAGGCCCUCUUUUCCUCCUCCUCCUAUGUUCUUGUUCUUCCUCUUUCUACAGUGGCUGGUGAUAGCCUUGGCAGUGGCAUUGCUUUGGCAUCGCCUUCAGAUAAUGAGAUGUUAUCCCAACUAGCUGGCGACCGGCUCGACACAGACAAAGAC